ACAGGCUAUAUAUACUUUAGGGAAGCUUAAUGUGUCGAUGUGACUAUUCCGAAAUGAGUACAGCGGCUUUGGAUGUCAAUUGUCUCCAGUGAGAACAGAAUUGCUCUACUAAAAGUUUUAAAUAAUCUAUAUAUGACUUGAUACAAGAAACACUGUUUAAUUGUGAAAAACGUUUUUCAGCACAGCACCGAGUGAUUACAGGUGGCAAAUUCUAACACAUACCGUCAUAUAUAUAUAUAUAUAUAUAAACGUGUUGGAACGUUUUACACACUCAAGUCAACAUAAUACCCAAAUACGUUGGUAAAAUUCUAUUCGUGAGGAUAGUUUGAAAAUAUUUCGACAUUUUAGUUACUGAAACAAUUUCAAAUGCAGAGUGGACAGAAAGCUUAUGUUUGUCAACACUGUGGAAAAAGUUUUUUGAAAAAUCCUACCUUAAAACGGCAUAUUCGAAUCCACACUGAGCCAUAUGUUUGCAAACAUUGUGGAAAGCGUUUCUAUUCAAAUAGUCAUUUAAAACAGCAUGAACGAACUCAUACCGGAGAAAAGCCAUACGCUUGUAAACACUGUGAAAAGCGUUUCUCUUCAUGUUCUAAUUUAGUAAUACAUACUCGAACCCAUACAGGAGAAAAGCCAUACCUUUGUAAGCAAUGUGGAAAGAAAUUUUCUGUGAAUUCAGUCCUUCAACGUCAUAUUCGAACCCAUACAAGAGAAAAGCCACAUGCUUGUAAACACUGUGGAAAGCAUUUUGCUACAAAGGAAGAUUUAAAAACCCACAUCCGAACUCACACUGGAGAAAAGCCAUAUGCUUGUAAACACUGUGGAAGACGUUUUUCUGGAAAUUCUGAAUUAACUAUCCAUGUCCGAAGACAUACUGGAGAAAAGCCAUAUAGUUGUGACCACUGUGUCAAGCGUUUCUUAAGCGCCUCCGAUUUCAGAAGGCAUACUCGAAUCCACACUGGAGAAAAACCCUAUGAUUGCAAAUAUUGUGAAAAGAUUUUCUCAAACACUUCUGAUUUAAAAAGGCAUAUUAGAAUUCAUACUGGCAAAAAACCGUAUGUUUGUGCAAUGUGUGGAAAACCUUUCAAGCAAAAUGGACAAUUACAAGUACAUUCACGCGAAGUAAAAAACAAUUGCAAAAAUUGUUUAGUCUUUCCUCUGCAGAUACAUUGGCAAAUGAAUGGAGGAGAGAAAAUCAACGUUUGUAAAGACUGCGGUAAGCGUUUCUCUUCGAGUUCUCACCUAAAAAGACAUAUGCGAAGUCAUAGUGGGGAAAAGCCACAUCCUUGUGAACACUGUGGUAAGCGGUUUUCUGAAAAAUCGUAUCUAAAAAAUCAUAUACAAAUUCAUACUGGAGAAAAGCCAUUUGCUUGCGAGUAUUGUGAUAAGCGUUUUGCCUCAAAUUCUUACCUGAAAAUCCAUAUCCGAAGUCAUACUGGAGAGCACCUGUACGCUUGUAAUCAUUGUGAAAAAGGUUUUUCUAUGAGCUCUGGUUUGAAAAAACAUAUUCGAAACCAUACUGGUGAAAAGCCCUACCCAUGUAAACUGUGUGGGAAACGUUUUUCGUUAAAAACUGGUGUAAAUCGACAUAUCAAAAUUCACACAGGAGAAAAACCACAUGAAUGUAAAGACUGUGGUAAGCGAUUUGCUGAAAAAUGGAACUUGAAAAAGCAUUCCCAAACUCAUACUGGGGAAAAACCGUAUGCUUGUAAAUAUUGUGGAAGAUGUUUUUUUACUAAAGAUGUUUUGAAAGCCCAUGUUAGAAUCCAUACUGGAGAAAAACCAUUCGAUUGUGACUACUGUAAAGCGAGUUUCUCGGGCUAUUCUUCUUUGAAAAAACAUAUUCGGAUGCACACUGGAGAAAAACCGUAUAAAUGUAAUUCUUGCGGGAAGUGUUUUGCAGACAGUGGCAGUUUAAAUGGACAUAUUCGAAUUCAUACUAGCGAAAAGCCAUAUCCUUGUAAACACUGUGGAAAGCAGUUUUUGCUAAAUUCUAACUUGAAUAUUCAUAUACGUACUCAUACUGGAGAAAAACCGUAUGCUUGCAUGCAUUGUAAUAGGCGUUUUGCUGCAAAUGCUAACUUGAAAAGCCAUAUCCGAACUCAUACUGGAGAAAAACCCUACUCUUGUGAACAUUGUGGAAAAUGUUUUUCUGGAAGCUCUUAUUUGAAAACCCAUAUUCGGACCCAUACAGGAGAAAAGCCAUACGAUUGUAAAUACUGUGAAGCAAAAUUCUCGGACAAAUCCGCUUUGAGAAGGCAUAUUCGAAUUCACUCUGGAGAAAAACCGUAUGAAUGUAUUUAUUGUGGAAAGUGUUUUCCAGUCAGUAAAAGUCUUCGUGAACACAUUCGAAUUCAUACUGGAGAAAAACCAUAUUCUUGCACGCAUUGUAAUGAGCGUUUUGCUGCAAAUACUAACUUGAAAGUCCACAUGCGAACUCAUACUGGAGAAAAACCCUACUCUUGUGAACAUUGUGGAAAAUGUUUUUCUAGAAGCUCUGAUUUGAAAAUCCAUAUUCGGACCCAUACAGGAGAAAAGCCAUACGCUUGUAAAUACUGUGAAGCGAAAUUUUCGAAUAACUCCGCUUUGAAAAGGCAUAUUCAAAUUCACUCUGGAGAAAAAAACGUAUGAAUGUAAUUAUUGCGGGAAGUGUUUUGCAGUCAGUAGAAGCCUUCGUAGACAUAUUUGAAUCCAUACAGACGAAAACCGUAUGUUUGAAUUGCACUGACUCACUAGAUCAGGGUGGUACAAAUCCAGACCCGCGGGCCACAUGUGGCCCGCCGCUUUAAUAUCUGUGGCUCACGUCACAUUCGGAGAGCAAUCAAAAAAUCGAAUUUCGUGUUGUUUCGUAAUAAAAUUAUUCAGAAAAAUCUUUUGACAUAUUGUUAAAUCACUAAUGUCACUGAAUCGACUAGUGUUAUGACUAGCUGAGGCAACUAGCGAAGUUGAAUAAUGUGCUUGACAGUCUGAAUUAUUAUCUACCUUUCUAUCUUUUUGGUUGGGGAUAAAUGCUAACAAUAUAGCCAUCAUAGAAAACUAAAAAUCGAAUGCGGAUUCUAUUAGCCUGGAGGGCUAUGUCUGAUGACUAUGUGUUUGCACAACAAAAGUGUUUGUUUUUGUAUUGCAGUGUUUACCUAUUCUCAGCACUAUUGUGGCCCGCGAACAAUGCAAAAUUAAUUUUUUUUGGCCCGCAGAGCCGACAACCUUGGACCACCCUGCACUAGAUGUAGAAAAUAAUUGCAAAUAUUGUUGAUAUUCUCUUUGAGUAUGAAAUGUGUUGUAAAGUUGUAUUGUAUUGUAAAUUGUUUAAAUAUAGUCGGAAGCACCAGAAAA